AUGAGACAAUCUACUUUGUAUAGGUUAAAGAGUUAUGUAAUUGAGCAGCUCUUUGGAGGCCAUGAUGAAUUUUAUUCAUUGUUGUCCAUGUAUGCUAAAAUGUGUAUUGAGACAAACCCAGAAACUUUAGCAUUUUGUGCAUGGCAAGAAACUAAAUCCCUGCCUAAGCAACUGCAAUUCACAAGUAUAUUCAUUUCCUUCACUGGACAGUGGAGAGGGCUUCUUAGAGGUGUUAGGCCUUUGAUUGGUGUAGAUGGAACACACCUCAAAGGUAAUUAUGGGGGUAUUUUGUUAUCUAAUGUGGGAAUAGAUGGCAAUAAUGAGAUCUUUCCCAUAGCCUAUGCUAUUGUGAGUCAAGAAGACAAGGAGUCAUGGAGCUACUUCUUCUGGCAUUUGAGCAACAUGAUCAAAGAAUCUUCAAGGGAGCAUUGGACUAUCAUUUCUGAUAGGCAAAAGAGAGUAGAAUUAGCCUUAGAAAAUGUAUGGCCAGAAGCUGACAGAAGGUUCUGUUGUAGACACCUUAGUAGGAAUUACAAAAAGAAGUUUCCAGGCCCUAUGAUGUAUGUUUUAUUUUGGAGAGCAUGCAAUGCAACUUCAGCUUUCACAUUCAGGAAAGUUAUGGAGAAGCUGAAGAAAGAGGGAGGAAUAAGGAGGGUCUGUAUGGUAAGAAUUGCAACAAGGCUUGAGAAUGCAAGGUCUUGGAAAGAUGAGGAUAUUUGCCCAAAAAUUGUCAAACUGGUGAAACAGAUAGGGAAGGCAAGCUCAAACUGCAGAGCUUUUAAGUCCAGCCCUGGAGAGUAUGAAAUCCAUGAGGGCAGAUCUCAAUUCCCUUUGAGCCUUAACAAGAAGAUUUGUUCUUGUGGUGCAUGGCAACUUUCAGGAGUGCCAUGUAGGCAUGCAAUUAGGGCCCUAAUUGAUGCAAAAUUGGACCCACAUGACUUUGUUAGUUCUUGGUACUCUGUCAAGACAUACAAGCAAGCAUACAGUUGCUGCAUUAAUCCCAUACCAGACACAGACCAAUGGCCUAUUGAUGACUCAGGCAUAAUUAUCAUGCCACCUAAGAUGAAAAGGGGCAUUGGAAGACCAAGUAGGAAUAGAAAAAGGGAAGAAGGAGAAGUCCAACCAGGCAAGAGAAGCAAAACAGUCAAAUGCUCAAAGUGUGGUUGCUUUGGGCAUAACAAAGCAACCUGCAAGGGAGGCUUAACUGGGAAAGAGUUGAAGGCAUCUGAGCCUGUUGUCAUAAAAAACCCAAGGGUCAGAGACUAA